CAACUUCUCUUCAUGUCCUUAUCUUCCUAUCCCAUGCCCCCAAUUCCUAUUAUAUAUAUAUAUGUGUGCAUGUAUAAAUGCCAAAUUAACUAAUCAAAUUCUAAGCUAUGGGUUGCAAUUGCAAAAAGAUCGAUGUAGUAGACGGGACGAGAAGUAGAAGCUUUCGCUACGAAGAUUACAAUAAUCGAAGAGCGUUUCUGCGGAGCUAUCCUCUUCAAUGGGGUGAAGACGAAGAUGAACAAGAAAGAGUGACGGCAACCAAAGAAAGCAGUACUAGGAAAAAGCCUAUAAAGAAGUUCAUGCUAUCUGUAUAUCAUUGGAGUGGGGAAAAGGUUGUGGUUUUGAGGAGAUUCAAGGAUAAGCUUGCUGUUUAUGUUGUUGCCUGUCUUCCAAUCUGCUUUAAGUCACCUCUGUUGCCCUAAUUUCUGUUUGAUUCUUCUAAAUUUCUCUUCUUAUAUUUAUUCUAAAUCCCAGCUUUUGAUAUCAUGCACAUCAUAGGCAUAUGUAUCAUGUAUGGUAUGGGUAUUACUCUAAACCCUGGGUUUAACUCAAUCAGUUCGUAUACCCAUUCUGAAA